CGGGCGCCGGUCUCUAUAUGGCGGCGGCUCUGUCGGGCCUGGCUGUUCGGCUGUCGCGCUCGGCCGCCGCGCGUUCCUAUGGGGUCUUCUGCAAGGGGUUGACCCGCACGCUGCUCAUCUUCUUCGACCUGGCCUGGCGGCUUCGUAUCAACUUCCCCUACCUCUACAUCGUGGCUUCCAUGAUGCUCAACGUCCGCCUGCAGGUUCACAUUGAGAUCCAUUGAAGGCAUUUGCUGACUGAC